UAAAUCGGUGUCGACGUCAUUCCACGGCUAUAAGGAAGCAGGGCGAGAUUGUGUUAUUCUUUGUUGAGUUUUAGGUUUUACACAGUCUUUUAAGAUUAAACAGAGGCGAUAUGUCGUUCAGAGACCGUGGUUUUGAUUCCAGCGGACGAGGGGACAGGAAAGGUUUCGGGGGUGGUGGUUCACGAUUUGGAGGCAGCAGUAGUUAUGGCGGCGGAGGAGGAUCGAGAUUUGGUGGAAGUAGCGGUGGAUUCAGUGGAGGACGAGGUGGUGGAUUUGGUGGCCGAGAUCGAAUGAAUAAAAACAGCCAACCCGGUGAAAGGCUAAGGAAGCCUAAGUGGGAUAUGUCCAGGCUGCCCAAAUUUGAGAAGAACUUCUAUGUCGAACAUCCCAAUGUGACGCGAAGGACAACACAAGAAAUCACAGAAUAUCUAAAUGCUAGAGAAAUCACCCUCAAAGGCAGAGAUGUUCCAAAACCCAUUUUCCAGUUUAAUGAGGCAAAUUUGCCAGAAUUUGUUCUGCAUGCAAUUGCUGCCCAGGGAUGGAAAGAACCCACAGCCAUUCAGUGUGUUGGCUGGCCAUUUGCCCUGUCCGGAAGAGAUUGUGUUGGAAUUGCUCAGACAGGAUCUGGUAAAACCGCUGCGUUUAUAAUGCCGGCUCUUGUUCAUAUAUCUCAUCAACCAUAUCUAGAAAGAGGAGAUGGACCAAUAUGUUUAGUUCUGGUGCCCACACGAGAGCUUGCCCAACAAGUAAUGGAAGUAGCUGUCAUGUUUGGAAAACCAGCAAGAGUACGCAGUACAUGUGUAUAUGGAGGUGCACCAAAGGGACCACAGAUCAGGGAAUUAGAAAGAGGUGCAGAGAUCUGCAUUGCUACACCUGGUCGACUAAUAGAUUUUCUAGAGGCAGGUAAAACUGACCUACGCAGAUGUACAUACUUAGUGCUGGAUGAAGCAGACAGAAUGUUGGACAUGGGAUUUGAACCUCAGAUUCGCAAAAUUGUGGAACAAGUCAGGCCUGACAGACAAGUGCUCAUGUGGAGUGCUACAUGGCCCAAAGAAGUAAAAACCUUGGCUGAGGAUUUCCUCACAGACUACCUUCAUGUGAACAUUGGUGCCCAACAGUUGCAUGCAAACCACAACAUUCUUCAAAUUGUAGAUGUUUGCCAAGACACAGAGAAAGACUAUAAGUUGGUGAAAUUGUUGGAAGAGAUUAUGGGUGAGAAAGAGAACAAAACAUUAAUAUUCACGGAAACCAAGAGAAGAGCAGAUGAUCUGGUCAGGCGAAUGAAGAGAGACGGAUGGCCAGCAUUGUGUAUCCAUGGAGAUAAAUCUCAGCCAGAGCGUGAUUGGGUGUUGAGUGAAUUCCGAUCUGGUCGUGCUCCAAUCCUGGUGGCCACAGAUGUUGCGUCACGUGGUUUAGAUGUGUCAGAUAUCAAAUUUGUCAUAAACUUCGACUACCCGUGCUCAUCUGAGGACUAUGUUCACCGCAUUGGUCGCACUGCCCGAAGCACCAAUACUGGCACUGCCUAUACCUUCUUCACCCCUGGUAACAUGAAACAAGUUAAUGACUUGGUCUCUGUCCUGAGGGAGGCCAACCAAGUGAUAAACCCAAAGCUACUCCAGUUGGCAGAGACUGCUGGACGAUUCGGGGGUAAAGGUCGCAGUCGCUACAGGCAGGGUGGGUUUGGUGGCCGAGAUUCUGGAAGAGGAGGAUAUGGUGGUGGCAGCCGCGGCUCCUAUGGCAACAGUGGUAGGGACCGCAGCUCAAGCAGUCGUUUUGGUAGUUCAUCGGAUAAGGGAGGGUAUUCCCAGGGGUCCUCAGGCAGAGGUAGUUACGAUAGAGGGUCAUCUCAGAGUUAUGGACAGAGUUCAGGCUACGGCUCCUCUGGAACGUCACAGGGAGGCUCGUAUGGCUCAGGUUCACAAAGUUAUGGCUCCCAGGGUCAUCAGAGUAAGUUUAGCCAGGGAGGUCAAUAUAGCCAGUCUCAGUACAGUGGUCAAUAUGGUCAGUCAUCCAACUACAACCAGGCCAAUGGGUACAAGUCUAAUGUCAGCUCCAGCUCGACAACUUCUGGCCAGGCAGCUCCCAAAGACAUGGCUGCUCUGCAAAAUAUGGCUGCCCAGUACAGUAACUGGAUGAAGACGUCCUCUCAUCAGCCUCCUCCACCCCCAUCUAAUCCCCCUCUACCAAAAGGUGCUCCUCCACCUCCUCCCCAGCCCCCUAAGUUCCCUCCCCCUCCUGGAGGCAAUUACAAAUAUUGAUCUGAUUUGUCAGAUGAAUGUUUUUCUCUGCGCACAUUGUCAUUAGACAAGUGUAACUUCCAGUGCUUAAGGAAUAGACUGGGUUGUUUACACAAGACCAAGGAAAUUUGUCCAAGACUGGACUUGUUUUUAUCAGAAAUAGCUGGUAUUUGUUGUCUGGUUGGCUUGGAUAGCUUUUGGCUCAUGUACAGGGCGUGCAUAGUAGGUCUGUUCUUCCAUUUUGAAGGAAUGCGUCCAGCUGCACCAUUGUUACAUUAGUUCUUUUCAAGGGCCUUUGUUCUUAAUGGAUGAUUUGUGCUAAACUUGUGUUUUCUUGUAGUAAUCAUGGUAAUAGAUCCACGUCUUUCUUGUUGCAGGCCGUUUCAGCUACCCCAGCUUGACGCAUUCCUUUAAUGGCAAUAUACCAGGGAAUUGAUGUUAGAAAUAGAUGAAUGGGGACACCUAUAGACCCUAGCCUGCCCGCCUCCCUGUAAAGCCUAGCCGUCUGUCCUGUAUGUUAAGUUAUUGACCCCACGUCUGUCCAGACCAGAUCGUCAGACUGAAGUGGACCGGAUAGUAGCCUGUGCUGGACGUCUUAGCUUUUGUUGUUAUUGAACUUCUUAUCAUCACGUACUCAUACUUUAAUUUUUAUGAAUAAAGGUCAUCUCAUGUA